UUAUGAAGUAACAACAUGUUUCAAUGUUCAGUGACUAAAGUAACUCUCAAUUCCUCGAACUUUCAUUAAGCCAUUUAAGUACAAGUGCAGUUAAUUGUCGUGCUUUAAUCGUCGCUAUUUGGACCGAGACCAUAAAUCAAGAAUAAAGUAGGACCUGUAAAAUUGUAUUUAAAGAUGACAGAAAAUGAUUCGCAAGAAUUGUACCCAUCCGAUCUUGGAACCCAGGAGUAUUGGGAAAAAACAUAUGCUCUGGAAAUAGCUAACUUUCGAAGUCACGGCGAUGUCGGUGAAGUAUGGUUUGGUGAGGAUAGUGCUCUAAGGAUAGUUAGAUGGAUGAGAUCGAGGACAGAUCUGAUCAAUCAAAACGACAAAAUAAUAGACUUAGGCUGUGGAAAUGGAAUGAUGCUGGUGGAACUGGCUGAAGAAGGCUUCAAAAAUAUGACAGGUGUAGAUUAUUCUAAAAAAGCUAUUGACCUGGCUAGAGGAGUGUUGAAAAAUAAAGAACUGUCAAACAUCGACCUACAAGUUUGUGACAUAUUGAGCGAAGAUCAAUCCAGCUUAACGAGUGACUUCAAAGUAGCGCACGAUAAAGGAACUUACGAUGCAAUAAGUCUCAACCCAGAUAAUCCAAAAGAAAAACGAGAAAAAUACAUAAAAAAUGUGCACAAUAUUCUUUUACCAAAUGGAUUAUUCAUCUUAACUUCCUGCAAUUGGACGGAAUCCGAACUUCAGAGUCAAUUCAAAGAUUAUUUCAAAGUGUUACAGAUGAUACCUACCCCCUCUUUCAAAUUCGGCGGAAAAGUCGGCAACACGGUGACGUCAGUGGUUUUCCAAAAAAUAUAAUACACCUACAAAUUAUGAAUAUUGAUAUAAUUAAUUAAUUAUGCACUUUUGGCAUUUAUUACACAAUACUUAUCGGUGAAUCUUUAAGUUUAUUUGGUGCACGACAUACUAGAGUUAUACAAAAGGAAAAUAUAUAAUUUGUGAAGAU